AUGGUCUUCAUUGCCUUGCACUUAGGCUCGCAAAAUCUUCCAACGAGGUCACCCCACCCUGCGGAACCGGACACGGAUCUUGAGGACAACGAGGACAACGAGGGCUCGGACAACGAUUCGUCUACACACAUGCCCGAGGAUCCCUUGCCAGACUUGAGCAUGCCGGAGCCUACUUCGUCGUUUGACACCACCCCCGCUGCCCAGUUCGGUGGAUCGAGCCCGUUCUCUCAUGACGUCUCCUUUCCAUCGGACCCUUUGUUUGCUUCUGCAACAAGUGGCGCUUUUGAUUUUGGCGGUGAGACUUGGACCUCCAGCUCAGGACUCGGUUUGAAUGGGGUACCUUCCGGUGGACACGGUACAACCUUCAAUCCUUCAACCACUGAAUUGCCUGCGGGUGAUGACUUCUUCGAGGACAAGCGCCGCCGGUUUCCGCCUGCUGCCGAUCCCCUUGCAUCUGUAGCGCGAGCAAUCACAACUAUCCAGGCUCCUGGCCAGUCGGCGUCAUGGUGGCCCAAUCAGGCGCUCGGUCUCUACAAAUCCGUCAGCCAAGAAGAACAGUUCUGUCAGAUGUCCCUGGGCAUUGAGGAUGGCAGUUCGCCUCUCACCAACAUGUACCUCAACUCAUCUUCUGCCUCUGCCCUCUGGGACUCGUCGGCCGAGCGCAUACUCACUUGGCUCAUGUCAUUGCUGACAUUGCCAAAUGAGGUUGCCAACAUUAGAGUUUCCGAUGACAAUGUUGUUGAUGUUCCGCCUUUGAUGGCAUUUGGUCCUUUUCGCCUGGAUCUUGUCGUUUCCUUACUAGCGAUGCUCACCGCUGCUGCGCUUUCCCACGUCCUGAGGUCGGAAGCACUUACCUGCAUGCAACGACUUGAGUGCUAUAUCAACACACUCCACGAUGUGGUGACUGGCUUCAAGACGUGUGUCCUGCGUCAUGUCUUCGACCUCCCGGCAUUUUGUCCACUCGAGAAAUUCUUUUGCAAUAUUCACAAAAAUCCACAGGCCCAAUACACGGACUCAGUUCCGGCAGACUGGAACAAGCUUAGGGAGAAGGACAACUUUGCUCAUCUCGUUCUGACUGAGAACACCGACAUCCUCCUUCGCGAUCUUGCCAAUGACUAUGGCUACAUUCGUGGUGGCGAUACACCAGCUGAUUCAUCUGUGUCUCCUCACUGCCUUCUGGUUGGGGACCAUGGUCCUGAGCGCCUUCUUAAUGAGCUUAUAUUUCCCUUUCUUGACGAGUACAAUAAAGCAAUGCCUGGUCACAAGCUCAUUCUGAGUAUACUCGAGGAUCUUGCUGGGGUCUUGUACCAUGGUUUCUCUACCUUCAAGAAGUCAACUCGCUCCAAUGCUCUGUUGGCUCCUACAUCCACGGAUCAUGUGCCCCCGCCGCCCACAUCUCGGAGCAAACACAAGAAACCUAAAUCGGACAGUGAUUCCGAUCUGACAGAUCUUGAUGAAUCUCCUAGUGGCUCAGACGACUCUGACAGCUCUGAUGAUGAGCCCGCCCAUCCAAAGCAGGGUACCGGCGGAUUGAGCCACCGCCCACCGCCGAAGAAGAAGUCUGCACCAUCUACAGAGGAUAUCAAUCCCCCAAGGCCAGGUGCUUGUACUCGUUCGCAAGGCAAGACUAAAUCAGCAAAUGGUGGUAAAGACAAGGAGACUGGAAGUUCACACAAGGACCCAUCCUCAAAUGGCGCACAUUCACAUCCUGGUACCAAACCCGCUGGCAAGACCAAGCAACAUUGGCACACGGGCACUGGUGGUGCAGACAAUCCCCUCGACCUUGGUCCUGAUUUUGACUCUUCCAAUGAUGAGCACAUCAAGGCAGCAGCUCAGGAGUAUGCGAAGAGGAAUUUGCAAGGGGAAGAUCCCUUCUCCCGCCCUCCCAAGCGCUCGCGUACGGAGCCUUCCCACAGCAACACUCAUGCCCCCGGCGGAAAGCAUGACUUCACUUAUGCACCAAACUCUCCUCAGCCUCCCAAGUCGGAAGCACCCUCAUCAUCUCGCCCAACCAAGCCUUCCACGUCAAACACCCAGCCUCACGAUGGCACUACCACCCCUGCAGUACCACCCACAUCUAGUGUUGGCAGCACUUCGAUGGCUGGUGCAACUGCAGCACCUCGGCUCUCUCUCGAGGAGUAG